UAAGAGGAAGACUUUUAUUAUGAAAGGGGAUUUUGGGAAAUCCUCUGUGUAGUGACAGUACGAGGAAGCGGUGGGUUAAUCAGCGCUGCUGGACGCAGUUAUGCUCCAGACGUCCAGAUCAUGGGAGGAAAUGUAGCCUGGUUAAGGCCAUCUGACAUAAUAUCAGAACUGUGUCACACUGAUGUGGACAAUCCAUUCCCUGUGUGGCAGAAUGGCACACUGAGCCCAUGUUUCAACCAGAUCAUCUGUGGAUCACUGGCCCAUGUAUUCACUGCAGUCGUGAGUGCCUGCUACCUCAGUGUACCAAGAUUUGGAUACUCUCUGCCUUCGUUGGCUGUGGGUUGGAAUAUCAGGGCUGCCUCUGCCCUGCUGCUGCUUCUCCUGUUCAUUGGGGAUUUGGUGUUGGCACUUGAACUCCAUAAGCAGAGCAUAUACUUGGACAUCUUGACCAAUGGAUGUGCUAGCAUCGCAUGGCUGGUCCACUUUGGUGCUGUUUUGGCUCUGCAAGCAUCUGCCUACAGAAGGACGCGAGGGCCAGCACUAUUUGCGGUCUUGGCCGUUCUUCCAAUACCUAACUUUGCGUUUACCAUUGCUGCUUACGUCCAGGACAGUGAACAUCUCAAUACCUCAAACCCAUGGCAGGUUGUUCGUCUAGCCUUAACUGUGAGCAGAGCUGCCCUGGUCCUUGUGUACAUACUAGCCUUUACCUUUCCUUGUUACAAGCCGCGAGGAGAGUCUCUUCAUGUAAAUGCAGACGAUGUGGCUCCUCUUAUUGUCACAGAGUCUUAUGGAGGAGAAACGGUAGCAGAGGAUGGCUGCAGCUGCUUGUCCAGGUUUCUUUACCUUUGGUUGAACCCUCAGCUUAAGCAGGGUCAACGUGGGGAACUGGAAAGACCCUGUGAUGUUUUCCAGCUACCCCACAAACUUCGCACCAAAGCAGUAACUCAGCGAUUUGAUCAGUGUUGGACGCAGUGCUUGGCUGAACUUGCACUGAAAACAUCACAAGGUGUGCAGACACCUUCUCGAGAGAACCAGCAGGACAGUUUGGUUAACUGUGGUCAUGUCCAGGCUGGGGAACAUUCUGAGGAAAGCAGUCAGGACGAAGUAAAACUCUUGUGGGUGCUACACAAGGCUAUUGGAACACGUUACUACUUGUUGGGUCUGCUGAAGCUGUUAGCUAGCCUGCUUUCAUUCGCAGGACCACUGCUUCUCAGUGCAUUAGUGGGCUUUAUGGAGACCAAGGGGGCACCGCUGAGCAAAGGUGUGUGGGUUGCUGUCGGUCUCUUCUUGACCACGUUCCUGGCAGCAUUCCUGCGCAACAUCUUCGUGUUUGAAGUGUCCAAGGUGGCUCUGGAGGCUCGGGCCGCUGUGGUGUCCACCAUCUACGCCAAAGCCCUGCAGGUCAGCGGCUCGGCCCUCGCCCGCUUCAGCAUGGGUGAGGUGGUCAACUUCAUGAGCACAGAUACAGACCGCUUGGUCAAUUUCUUCCGCAGUUUCCACGAAGUAUGGAGUCUUCCUUUCCAGUUUGCCCUUGCCCUUUACCUGCUAUAUCUGCAAGUGGGCGUAGCUUUUCUGGGAGGACUGUGUGUGGCUGUUUUGCUCGUGCCACUGAAUAAGUUACUGGCAGCUCGCAUCCUGGAGAACAACAAGCAAAUGCUAAUCCACAAAGACAGCAGAGUGAAGAUAAUGACCGAAGUCCUGUUUGGAAUUCGAGUUCUCAAGUUCUAUAACUGGGAGGAGCAUUUUACGCAGAAGAUAAAUGAAAGUCGCAAAAAAGAGCUGAGUCACCUGAAGGCCUUGAAGUACCUGGAUGCAGUGUGUGUGUAUACCUGGGCUGCUCUUCCUGUUGUCAUCUCGAUCCUCACCUUCCUGACCUAUGUGCUGCUUGGAAACACUCUCACUGCAGCUAAGGUUUUCACCACUCUGGCUCUGGUGGGGAUGCUUAUUCUGCCACUCAAUGCUUUUCCCUGGGUUCUUAAUGGCACACUGGAAGCUAAAGUAUCUCUGGACCGCAUUCAGCGCUUCCUCCUUCUGCGUAAUCAGGACUUUGCUGCCUACUACAGCCAGGUUUCUCCUGAAGAUCCUCUUACGUCCAUACAGAUGACCCAGGCAAAUUUUUCCUGGAAUAGAUCAGAUGAUUUAAAUUCUGACUCUGAUGGGGAGGACAGGGGUCCAACAGGCAGUCUGUAUCUCCACAAUCUUAACUUAAGUGUCAGAAAGGGUUCUCUGGUUGUUGUGGUGGGAAAGGUUGGUUGUGGGAAGAGCUCCCUAUUAGCUGCCAUCACUGGAGAGCUGAACAGGUGUGGUGGUGUGGUGCAUGUCCAGGGCAGAGAGAAGGGCUUUGGAUUAGCAGCCCAGGAGCCGUGGAUCCAGCAUGCAACAGUGCGAGACAACAUCUUGUUUGGAAAGGACUUUGACAGUGGCUUCUAUCAGGCUGUGCUUGAAGCAUGUGCUCUCACUGAUGAUCUCAAUGUGUUGCCUGAUGGGGAUCAGACAGAGGUAGGAGAGAAUGGUGUGACUCUCAGUGGAGGACAGAAAAGUCGACUCGCUUUGGCCCGGGCUGUUUAUAUGGACAAGGAUAUAUAUCUGCUGGAUGAUCCUUUAGCAGCAGUGGAUGCUGAUGUGGCCCAGCAUCUAAUGGAGAAGUGCAUUCUCAGAAUUCUGAAGAACAAAACUAGAAUCCUUUGCACUCAUCGAAUAGAGUUUGUGGAGAAGGCAGACGUGGUGGUACUGAUGGACGGUGGAACGGUUGUAAAAACAGGAACACCCAAAGAAGUCUUAUCUCUGGUGAAACCUGAAUCAGAUGGCAGUAAGAAUGAAGGCAAAGUAAAAGGCAAAGAUAAAGACAACCAAGAAGAAGAAGAAGAACUGACCAAUGAGCCAGUUCCAGAGGAGAGGCUAACCACCAUCGGGGAGGAGCAGAAGCAGACUGGUGGGCUUGCCUGGACCGUCUAUAAGUCCUAUUGGAGAGCAGUGGGCGGGUGUAUGGCCUUUUCUGUCCUUUUGUCCCUUCUCCUCAUGCAAGGCACUAAGAAUGUGUCGGACUGGUGGCUGUCGUAUUGGAUCUCCAACGUGAAGACUAACGGGUCAGAGUUGGUGUCUUUGAUGGCAGGUCCUCUCUCUGCCUCUGUGCUGCUCCUUCCAGAUAGGCCAGUGUUCCCUGUACCGCUGCUGCACUUUAAUCCACUCAGUAAUAUGAGCUCUGAGCUCAAGUUCUACAUGACCGUGUACGGUUCUCUAGCUGCAGCCAAUACCGUCUUUACAGCAGCUCGUGCCUUCCUCUUUGCUUAUGGAGCGAUCCAUGCUGCCACUGUUAUUCAUAAAAGACUGCUGAGUAACGUGCUAAAGGCGACAGUGACAUUUUUUGACACGACACCCCUGGGGCGUAUUCUAAAUCGCUUCUCCUCGGACGUCUACACCAUAGACGACUCACUGCCAUUCGUCCUUAACAUCCUUCUAGCCAAUGUGUUUGGGCUGCUGGGGAUGUUGGUGGUCAUGAGUUAUGGUCUACCCUGGGUGCUGCUCCCUCUGGUGCCACUAGGCUUGCUGUAUUACCAAACACAGAGGUUUUAUCGCCACUCGUCCCGGGAGCUGAAGCGGUUGUGCAGCCUCACACUUUCCCCAGUGUACUCGCACUUCUCAGAGACCCUCAGUGGCUUGGCAACAGUCAGGGCUAGUGGACACGUUGCUAGGUUUGAGGAGGAGAACGAAAGGCGUCUAGAUGAGAACCAGCGCUGUGUGUUCAUCAGCAAUGCUGCCGGGCAGUGGCUUGACAUUCGACUGCAGAUGAUCGGAGUUGCUGUAGUGACCGGCAUCAGUAUAAUUGCUGUGAUUGAGCACCAGAUCAGAUCCAUUGAUCCAGGUCUGGUUGGUCUGGCUCUGUCGUACGCCUUGUCUAUCACUAACCUGCUGUCAGGGCUGAUCUUCAGCUUUACCCAGACUGAGAUGCAGCUGGUGAGUGUGGAGCGCACUGAGGAGUACUCCACCAACAUUCCACUGGAACCACAACAUUGCAGCACAGCGGUUCCAUCCUCUUGGCCAGAGCACGGUCGGGUGGAGUUUAGAGGAGCUGUGAUGGCGUAUCGGCCUGGCUUGCCCAAUGCCCUGGAUGGAGUGAGCAUGGCGAUGUUGCCAGGUGAGAGGGUGGGUGUAGUUGGACGCACAGGCUCGGGGAAGUCCUCGCUGUUCUUGGCUCUGUUCCGUAUGGUGGAACUGAAUCAGGGACAGAUACUGCUGGAUGGGAAGGACAUCGGUCAGGUUGGCCUGUCUCAGCUUAGGUCCAAGCUAGCCAUCAUCCCUCAGGAUCCCUUCCUCUUCUCCAGUUCAGUUAGAGAGAAUCUUGACCCCAGUGGCCGUUACAUUGAUCAGCGGCUACUUGAUGCUCUGGAACAGUGCCACCUGACAGAUGUGGUCCAGAGAAUUGGAGGGUUGGAUGCAGAGGUGGGAGAAAGAGGAAAAUCUCUUUCAGUUGGCCAAAGGCAGCUGCUCUGUCUCGCUCGUGCUCUUCUAACUGAAGCAAAUGUUUUAUGUAUUGAUGAGGCCACGGCUAGUGUAGAUCACAAAACGGACAUGCUUCUACAGAAGACUAUCCGAGAACGAUUCAAGGACAAGACUGUCCUUACCAUCGCCCACAGACUGAAUACAAUUAUGGACUCUGAUAGAGUUUUGGUGAUGCAUGCUGGGAAGGUGGUGGAGUUUGACAGCCCAGCUGUUCUGUGCCAAAGAGAAGAUUCAGUUUUCAAGAAACUACUUUGUGGAACCGACUGAUGGACUGAUUUUAUCAUCUAUUGUUUUACAGUCACUGGAAUUCAGCCAGAUUUCACACAGCAAGCUAAACAUCAGUGGUCCUGUUUAUAUAUAUAUAUAUAUAUAUAUAUAUACACACUAU